GAUUUCAAGGCACUAUUCUUUGUAAAGCUGCUUUAAAGCAGUAUUAUACAUCAACUAAGCCCCCGUGUUUCAUCAGGCACUGGAUACUAAAGCUCAGUCACUGGUUUUUGUCAAACGCAUGGUGGUUAUAGCUGUAUCCUCCAUCACCUAUCUGCGUGGGAUAUUUCCAGAGGACUCCUACAGAUCCAGAUACCUGGAAGAUUUGUGUAUCAAAGUCCUCAAACAGGAUUGUUCAUGCCCUGAAGCCCACAAACUCGUCAAAUGGCUGUUGGGAAGUUUUGAUGCAUUGGAGAAGAGAUAUCUUCAAAUGGUGGUCAUUGGGGUACACACAAGCCCAGAUGACAGUAAUCAUGUCAUUGAGUCCUACCAGUUUAAGUUCAGAUACUCAGAGUGUGGACCACAGAUGGACAUCCUGUGGAGUAAUGUGACUGGGGACACAAGAGUGACCUUGGAGGACACAAAGAAAGCUUCAACGCUCCUGAUCAGGAAGCUGUUCCUCCUCAUGCAGAAUCUAGAGGCUUUGCCCACUGGCGUUUACCUCACUAUGAAACUCUACUACUAUGAUGAUGUCACUCCACCUGAGUAUGAGCCACCAGGAUUCAAGGCAGGUGUAAAUGACAGUCUGUGGUUCGAGGGAACUGCAGUGCACUUCAGAGUGGGCGAUAUUCAGUCUUGCUUCCACAGCAUGAAGUUGCGCGUGACGGCAGCACAGAGCCGGCUUGGGAAGCUGCUGGAGGGAGGCCAGUUGAGUGAGAACGACAUGGAGAUGGAGACACCCUCUCUCUCUCAAAUCAGAGAAGCAGAAACGGUGACCAGAAACUGUGAGCAGGACCUGCCCUCUGAAGAUGAAUCUAUCGCACAGUUCAAACAGCCCAAAAAAGCUAUAGCAAAGAGGAGGUGUGUCCGAAGCAAAGUCACAAGGAGGAAAAAGAAGAAAUGCUUUUGAAACCACAAGUUCACAUCAGACAAAAUG